AUGAAAAUGGAGAACGUUACUGAGGAGGAAAACACGAGAGGCUGCUUUGGCUGUGUGAAGAGAUGCCGGGAUUACAUUGUGCGGAGUGCAUUUCUGGAUAGAAAUCUAGCAGCGGUUGCUCUGGGUAUUGUCCUGGGCUUGAUCAUCAAGUUCUCUGUCACUCUGUCCGAACAAGGCAAAUUCUACAUCAAUUUACCAGGAGAGUUUAUAAUCCAUGCUUUGCAUGUGGUUACCACUCCUUUCCUCAUCACAAGUGUGACGACAGGGUUGAUCCUGGCUCUGUCCAUCGAGCCAGGAGUGGAUGCCAUGAGAAAAGAAGAUACAGAAGAUACAGAAGAUAAGAAGAUCUUCUCUAUCGGUGACGUCUUGUUGAAUCUAGUCUUGAACAUUAUCCCAGAAAACCCGGUCUUGGAUUUAAUCCGACAGUACAAGAUUGAGAGGUUUGAGUUUAACAUUGAGGCGGAUGAGCAACAUUUGACUUUGGAGCAGAAUGCAACACAAGUGCGAAUUGUGAGACAUUAUGUUGAAGGCACCAACUUAUUGGGCCUGAUGUCCUGUUCUUAUCUGAUUGGCCUGGGCAUCAUCAGGAUGGGAGAACGUGAAGGUGUCCUAUUAGAGUUAUAUACUGUGUUCGACGAGGCAGCACAAUGUGUGGUCCAUUGGAUUCUGGGCUUCUUGCCAUUUGGAAUGGUCUUCAUGGUCAUAGGCAUCGUCGUUGAGGCGGACGACUGGGAAAUAGCCAUCAAACUCGGAAAGUUCAUGGGAGUAGUAGUUUUUGGGCUUAUAAUCCAUGGAUCAUUAGUUUUACCCCUGAUCUAUUUCCUGUUUGCGAGAUGUAACCCCUAUGCUGUCAUCAAGGAGGUUUUUCCUGCCUUAAAGACUGCACUCAUUGUCUCUUCCAGAUCUGCCACACUGCCACUCACUUUCCAAUGUUGUGAGGAGAGACUCAAGAUCGACAAAAGAAUCAGUCGCCUCAUUCUGCCCAUCUGGACCAACAUCAAAAUGGAUGGAACGGUCCUUUAUGAAGUGGUCGCAGUAGUUUUCGUUGCCCAAAUCAACCACAUCGAUCUGGACUUGAACAAGUUGAUUAUCAUCGCAGACCGCUGCAACACAGUUAUAAAUGUCAUGGGAGACUGCAUUGGCUUGGCACUUAUUCAAGAAUUGUCAAAAGGAGAUCUGGAAGACAUCGAGGAGCAGGAACAGGAAAUGGAAAGGAUGCAUGGCAGUGAUGCUUAA